AUGUCCUGGAAGCUCACCAAAAAACUGAAGGAGACGCACCUGGCCCCUUUAACUCAGGGCUUCGGUCGUUCCUCGUCUACUUCUACAAUUAAGGGAGACUCAAAUGGCGGUGGUGAUGAGACCCCAGUGACUGCCCAGGCCCCGAGUGUUUCUCAGGCCCCCUCGACAAAUGGCAUUGUUGCCUCAGAGUCUCUUGUGUCGCCUCCCGUGGCCCCAGUGAACCCCGGUAUUCUCAUUGUCACUCUCCACGAGGGAAAGGGACUCGCUCUCUCCCCGCAACUUCAGCAGAUCUUUAACUCUCAUUUCCAAAACAACUCCUACGCCGCCUCAUCAUUGCGUCCCAGCACUUCCUCCUCUUCGCAUUCCUCUCAUGGUCAAGGUGGCUCCUAUGUGAACUCAGCCCGCCCACAGUCCACCAGUGGGGGUAUCAACGCCGCACCGACCAUCCACGGCCGUUACUCCACCAAGUACCUUCCAUAUGCGUUGCUCGAUUUCGAAAAGAACCAGGUCUUUGUCGACGCCGUGUCGGGUACACCUGAAAGCCCCCUAUGGGCAGGCGAUAACACAGCGUUCAAGUUCGAUGUCUCCAGAAAGACCGAGCUGAAUGUCCAGCUGUACCUGCGUAACCCUGCAGCCCGAACCGGUGUCGGCCGAAGUGAGGACAUCUUCCUGGGAGCCGUCAAGGUCCAACCCCGCUUCGAGGAGGCCAGCCAGCCCUACGUGGAAGACCCUAAGUUGAGCAAGAAGGAUAACCAGAAAGCCGCUGCCGCCCAUGCUGAGCAGGAGCGCACCCAGGGUCAGCUGGGUGCUGAGUGGCUUGACCUUCAAUUUGGAAGUGGUUCCAUCAAGAUUGGCGUGUCGUUCGUUGAGAACCGCCAGCGCAGUCUGAAAAUGGAGGACUUCGACUUGUUGAAGGUUGUUGGCAAGGGAAGUUUCGGCAAAGUCAUGCAGGUCAUGAAGAGAGAUACCGGCCGAAUCUACGCCCUGAAGACCAUUCGCAAGGCACAUAUUAUCUCCCGAUCUGAAGUAACACACACCCUCGCAGAGCGCUCCGUGCUGGCGCAAAUUAACAAUCCUUUCAUCGUUCCUCUGAAGUUCUCGUUCCAAUCACCAGAAAAGUUGUACUUCGUGCUGGCAUUUGUCAACGGUGGAGAGUUGUUCCAUCAUCUGCAAAGGGAACAGCGAUUUGACAUCAACCGCGCUCGCUUCUACACUGCCGAACUGCUGUGUGCCCUUGAGUGUCUCCAUGGUUUCAAGGUCAUCUACCGUGACCUGAAGCCUGAGAACAUUCUGCUUGAUUACACUGGCCACAUCGCUCUGUGUGAUUUCGGCUUGUGCAAGUUGGAUAUGAAGGACGAGGAUCGAACAAACACUUUCUGUGGAACUCCCGAAUACCUUGCUCCUGAACUCCUGCUUGGUAACGGUUACACCAAGACCGUGGAUUGGUGGACUCUUGGUGUCUUGCUCUAUGAGAUGCUGACAGGCUUGCCACCUUUCUAUGAUGAGAACGUCAAUGAGAUGUACCGCAAGAUUCUACAGGAACCCCUGACCUUCCCCAGCAGUGAUAUUGUACCACCAGCGGCUCGGGAUCUCCUUACACGACUGCUGGACCGCGAUCCCCAGCGCCGUCUUGGUGCCAAUGGUGCUGCAGAGAUCAAGUCUCACCAUUUUUUUGCCAACAUUGAUUGGCGCAAGCUUCUCCAGCGGAAGUAUGAGCCAAGCUUCCGUCCUAAUGUGUCGGAUGCUCGUGAUACGCACAACUUUGACGAUGAAUUCACAUCCGAGAAGCCUCAAGACUCAUAUGUUGAUGGUCCUGCCCUCUCAUCGACUGUCCAGGAACAGUUUGUAGGAUGGUCGUAUAACCGUCCUGUGGCUGGUCUUGGCGACGCCGGUGGCAGUGUGAAAGACCCAUCAUUUGCCAGCAUUCCCGAGUAA